AUGUUAUCUUUCCUCGAUAGGCAGAUUAAAAUGGAUACCUCUGACGACGCCGAAUUAGUGGCGAACGAAAUUGAAACCUGUGAUGACCUGAAGACUUUGGAGCUGAGAGGUAACACAGUUGGCGUUGAAGCUGGGAAGAGGCUCGCUCGAGCUCUCGAAAAUCAUCCAGAGCUAGAGCGUACUUUAUGUUCGGCAAUGAUAAGUGCCAACUGCCACAUUACAGAACUCGAUCUUUCUGACAACGCUUUCGGACCCAUUGGAGCUGAAGGUAUUUCGCAGUUCUUAGCAUCGCCAUCCGCGUACUCACUCCAGAUUUUGAAAUUGAAUAACAACGGUCUCGGCGCCGGUGGACAGGUGCUUGGCUCCCUUGAAGAAAUCAGCAUAGCACAGAAUGGUAUUCGUGAAGAGGGUAUUUGCGCUUUGGCGAAGUCUUUCCAAUCAAAUCCUUCCCUUCGGGUCAUCAACCUCAAUGACAACACGUGCAAUAUUGAAGGAGCUCUGGAGUUGGCUGAGGUUAACAGAUCAAUAUGUAGAAGGCUGUUCCAAUAA